GUUGUCAUUUCAGUUUGUAUUGUUAUCAUGUUUGAAGGUCCUAACAGUAGCUGUACCUACGGACAGGUCCUUCCUACUGACCUGAACAAGGGUGGAACUGGUGGAGGGGGUGGUAGAGGGCUGAUUCCACCUCCGUCUUCUUGCUCCGUGAACGUUAAGGUGGAAGCCUUUGGUGCAAGGGACGAUUGGCCCGGAUGUGCUUACCGCUACGGCGCAACUUCCCAAAUGUCGUCUGUCCCGGUCGACAGCGUCCUCUCUUGUCGCCGCUUUUCCCCGGGUAAGACUUCGUCUAUCAGCACGGAAGUGACCAGCAAGUCGGCAGGCCUCGUAGCAUCCGUGGCUCCAACCUACCGAGAUAGGUACUUCUCGCCGAGUGCAUUUAGUAACGUCCCAGCUGUUUCGCCUCUUCUCCUCGGCCACUACACCUCCGACAAACAUACAAUCAACGGUCAAAUGGACGUUUCCUCCCGUUCUUCUUCCUCGUGCCGGCCUACCGGUAGAAGCCUCAGCUCCGAAAAGCGGGUAGUUAUGCCAGCAGAUCCAUUGUUAUGGAGUCCAGAGCACGUGAAGCAGUGGGUCGAAUGGGCAGUAAAAGAGUAUAGUCUUCAUGAUCUUGACGUCUCGCGAUUUCACGUGAUGGGACGAGACUUGUGUCAGCUAACCAGAGAAGACUUCAGUCGCUUGACAAAUCCUUACAACGGUGAAAUUCUAUAUGCUCACCUUAACUUUCUACGACAGACGUCUGAUGCCUCUCUUCCUCCAGAAGCACGUGAUAAUCUUUUGAGUGGACCAACCAUAACCCCACCACUUUGUUCAGGUGUCGCUACCAAGUCAUGCCAGCUGAACCCAGAAUCUCAUCCACUUCGCCUUACUAAGACAG